GCUGGCAACCAAGGGGGUGCAUGCUGUCAAGGCUGAGCACUUGAGGCGCGCGGGCUGGCACAUGGGCAAGGCUUGCGAGGUGCAUGGACGAGGCCUAUGGGGUGCUGUGAGCUGGCCUGGGCGUGCUGGCGGCCUACAGGCACUAGCUGGGCAUGCGCGCAACUAG